AUGGGCAAUUUGAGGAUCUCAGAAUGGAAGAAGCUUCCAGUGAAUUUGGCAGAGCUUUGUAUAGAUACUACCUUACGUUGUGGGCAAUCUUUUCGAUGGAAGAAAGCUGUAGAUGAAGAUUAUUGGUCUUGUACACUACAUGGUCGUAUAAUAUCUCUCAAACAAGACUCAACUCAUCUUCACUAUCGUACAAUAUUUCCUGAGAUCAAAGUUCCUUCGAAUCAUCAGCCUUUAGUGAAGAAGGAAAAGCUUGAAGAUGAGGAUGACACAGAGUCUUUACUUCGGCAUUACUUGAACCUUUCACCAAACUUGACUGAGUUGUAUGAACAAUGGUCUUUGGUCGAUCCAAAUUUCAAGAAAAGAGCACCUAAGUUUACAGGAGUUCGUAUUCUCAAACAAGAUGCUUGGGAGGCUUUGGUGGGUUUUAUUUGCAGCAGCAACAACAAUAUUAUAAGGAUUUCUCAAAUGGUCAAUAAUUUGUGUUUACAUUAUGGCCCCCUAAUAGGACAUAUUGAUGAUCAACCAUUCCAUGACUUCCCACAACCCGAAGCCUUAACUGGUUCUGGAGUAGAAUCACAUCUCCGCGUUCUAGGCUUUGGGUAUCGAGCAAAGUACAUUGCUCAAACAGCAUCAAUUGUGGCAUCGAAGCCAAAAGGCUGGCUCGAAAAUCUUCGCAAUCCAGAGACUUUUGACAAGCCCUUUGAAGGGGAAAUUCCAGCAGGAGGACGUCCUGGGUAUAGAAAAGCACAUGAAGAGCUUCUCGAGCUUCAAGGUGUUGGUCCCAAAGUAGCUGACUGCGUUUGCUUGAUGGGCUUGGGGUGGGGAGAGGCGGUUCCUGUGGACACGCACGUUUGGCAAAUUGCUCAAAGGGACUACAAGUUUGGAAAAGGAAAACAUAAGAGUCUUACUAAAGCUACAUACGAUGCAAUUGGUGAUCACUUUAGAGGGUUGUGGGGUAAAGAGGCUGGCUGGGCGCACUCAGUCUUGUUCGCGGCGGAUUUGAAAGCAUUUUCUGAUAAACUUGUCAGCAAGGUCGAAGUUAAAGUUGAUGAGCUCGAGAUCAAGCAGGAGAAUGGGGAUGUUCUGGAGAAGAAAGUAGCAGUCAAGCGAGAGUAUCCACCAGAAGAGAUGGAUUUGAAAGAAGAAGAGAAAGUGGUGAUUAAGCGCGAAGGUGUUACGGAGGAACUCGAAAUCAAGGAUGAGGUAAAAGUGUUUGAGCCAUCGGCAAGAAGUGUCAGAGCGAAGAGGAGGAAAUUAUAA